GCUGAAUGGGAGGCACUAGAACUGACCGACCACCAGUGGGCGCUGGAGAGUGUCGAGGAGGACCUGAUGAGCAGAGAGCUGGACUUCGAUGGGAUGUUCAGCAAGGAGCUGCCCACCGGGAUCUUCUGAGGGAGCGGCCGUCACAUUUAAGAGCCUUCCGUUAAACCUUCAGUCAUUGCAUGGGGUUUGUUUUUGCUGAAAUCCAUAAAGGCGGGACAAAUUUCUUUAAGUUUUGCAAUGUUUACAAGUUUACUGUCAUUGUCCUCCGUGUUUAUUUAACAGUUCAUUUUUGGCUUAUUUCUUGUAGCAUUUUACCACUCCUUUGUAGAUUUUAAAUCAGCUGAGAUAAAAGCAAGCUAGGGACCAGACCACAAUGCUCACGUGUGUUUGAAAUGAAAUUUUUAGCUUUGUAAAUGUAGUUUUGGUUAGAGCGUUUUAUCUGUUGCAGCUCAUUUCUCUUUACUGUGAAGAAAGUGCUGAAGAUUUUUGCCUCUGUCAUUUAAUAUUAUGUGGAGAGCAAGAUGUCUCCUAAUUUGACCCUCCAUUGCUUCAUCAGUUGUACAGUCGUCCAUGCUGUUGGGAAAUAUUUUGUCAUCCAUUUCACAAUCCUUUUCCAUCAUUCUAAAAGCUUUUGCUUUUUUUAAUUACAUUAUUUGUGUGAAUUGUUUUUCUAACUGGUGAAAACAAAAUAAAGUUCCUCAGAAUCCCCA